AAAAAAGCAAUGUUUUAUAUUCUUAAAGUGGUAAAAAUAUGUCUUUAUUCUACCUUCCAGGUGCGAUCUCUUACAUUCCUCGGCCAGUGUGGGACUGGAUCACCAAGGCCGCAGUGGAGGUGACCCUCAACAAAGACACGGCCAACCCCGACCUUCACAUCUCCGGCGACGACAAGAAGAUGCGCGUCGGCUUGGAGAGGAAGGACGUCCUCAACCACCGCCGGCGCUUUGACGGCUGGUGGUGCGCCGUGGGAUCGGAGGGCUUCGGCGCGGGCCGUCGCUACUGGGAGGUGCAAGUAGGUGAGCGAGAUUGGCGGCUGGGCGUGGCCAAAGAGUCGGCCCUGAGGAAAGGGUUCAAGUCCCUCAACACCGGCACGGGUUACCUGACCCUGCGCCUGGAGAGGGGCACCGAGCUCAAGGCGCUGACGGUGCCGUUCACCGCCCUGCCGCCGGGCCUCAUCCCCCAGAAAGUGGGCGUCUACCUGGAUUACGACGCCGGCCAGCUGUCCUUCUACGACGCGGACACGCACGUCCACAUCUACACGUACAACGAGCGCUUUUGCGAGAAGCUCUUCCCACUCUUCGGUACGGUGGAGGUGGCCAAUGAUCUGGUGAUAAGGACCCCUGAAGUGGAGGCCCAGUGUCUCUGUGCUACAUCCUGCCUUUGGGCUUGAGGAAAGUCUGCAGUGGAUGUCACAUUUAGCAAUGAAAAGGAGGUUAUGCAAAUAUAUUAUAUUCCUGCUGUAAAAGAAUGAGGGUGUGCUUUUAAAUAGCUUCUGCUGCUACAAUCAAAUGAAACCAUGUGCUGGCUUAUGUCCUGUAUUAGACUGUAGCAUCCUAUGUAGUAUUCACCCUGCACUCAAUUAAAGAUAUAAAUGGUGGACUCGCUUUUUACUCAUGUGGUGUCUUCUCCUAUGUAGAAGGGCACCGUGGCGGUGUGUGAAGGAUCAAGGAUGACGCCCAUACUUGCCAACCCUCCCCAAUUUUCCGGGAGACUCCCGAAUUUUAGUGCCUCUCCUAGUGAUGGGUUGAUGAGGCGUCAUGAAGCGUUUCGACACAUUGCAAAACUGUAUCGAUACUGUGUCGAUACUGUGUCACUAAAUACUGACAUCUGCUGGACAUUAAAAAUCCCUACAGGCAA